UGAUGGAACCCAAUGAGGAAGUGAACACCGUGACUGUGCCGAGUGGUUUCUGAAGGGGCGCAAUGAUGAUCGCUGUGGGCAUUAUUUGUGCGGCGAUUGUCAUAUUUUUAUUACAUUAUGUCUUCGGCGGCCGCGGGCCUGAUCCCUUUGAGAAGGACACUCGUGAACCGCUAAAGAAGAGAGUUUACGACAAGAAAGAGAAAAAUAAAGUGCUGAAGCAAGGUUUUGUGGCCAAUAGAGUACCGGAGAACCUGGAUGCCAUCGUCGUCGGCAGUGGGGUUGGUGGGCUCGGACUUGCCGUGCUGCUUGCAAAAGUUGGAAAAAGGGUUUUGGUUCUGGAGCAGCACAGCCGGGCCGGAGGAUGCUGCCACACGUUCACUGAGAAGGGCUUUGAGUUUGAUGUUGGAAUCCACUACAUUGGCGAACUGUUGGACCACAAGCCGUUUCGAUGCAUGCUGGAUCAGAUGACCAAUGGACAGCUGGAGUGGGAGCCUCUGGAGAACCCAUUCGAUCACGUUGUGCUGGGACCUCCAGAAAACCGCCGCCGGUACCCCAUCUACAGUGGCAAGAGACGCUUCACAGAUGAACUGAAGAAGUGUUUCCCAGGAGAGGAAAAGGCUAUUGAUGAGUUCAUGAAGCUGGCCACGAAAACUGGAAACGGAGUUUGGUUCCUCGCUCUUCUGAAGAUUCUCCCUCUCCCACUGGCUAAGUUCCUGGUUCACACCGGCCUAGUCAGGCAUCUGUCUUUCUUCUUCAAGAUGGCUCCCCGCAGCCUUACAGAUGUGGUCAACGAGCUGACAGAGAACAAGGACCUCAGGGCUGUCUUCAGCUACAUCUUUGGCACCUAUGGUAAAAUUCCCAAAGAUGCCAGCUUUGCCAUGCACAGUUUGCUGAUCACCCACUACCUGAAUGGCGCCUGGUACCCUAAAGGCGGAGCUAGUGAGAUCGCCUACCAUAUGAUCCCCAUCAUUGAAAAGGCAGGGGGCGCUGUUCUGGUUCGAGCUCCAGUCAAUCGCAUCUUAUUCAAUGAUGCCAAGGAAGCUUGUGGUGUCAGCGUAAUGAAAGGUCAGGAGGAAGUACACAUCCAUGCUCCUCUGAUCAUCUCUGAUGCUGGCAUUUUCAACACAUACCAGAAGCUGAUUCCCAAAGACCUCCAGACCAUGCCAGCUAUCCAGAAGCAGCUGAGUAUGCUGAAGCAUGGUGAAGGUGGUCUGAGCGUUUUCAUGGGUCUGAAUGGGACCAAGGAGGAGCUGGGCCUGAAAGCAGACAACUACUGGAUCUUUGCUGAGAACAAUUUCGAUGAACUGGUCGGGAAUUAUAUGAAGAAAGACAGAGAAGAGGCAGCAAAAAAUGUACCUCUCAUCUUUGUCGCCUCUCCCUCAGCUAAAGAUCCUACUUGGGAGGCGAGAUCACCAGGGAAGUCUACUUUGAGUCUGGUUACUUUUGCCAAAUAUGAAUGGUUUGAGGAGUGGAAGGACGGCAAGGUGACAAACAGAGGGCGCGACUACAUGGAGCUGAAACAAGCAUUCAUUGACACCAUUCUAGAAGUAGUAAUGGAUGUUUUCCCCAAGAUCACCAGAGACAAGAUUGAAUACAUUGAUGCUGGUACUCCCAUCACAAACACACACUACAUCGGAACCCCUAAAGGUGAGAUCUAUGGCGCGGAUCACGGCAUCAGCCGGUUCGACCCUGAGCUGAGCAUUACCGUGAGAGCUCAGACGCCACUGAAGAACCUCUAUCUGACAGGCCAGGAUUUGUUUCUGUGCGGUUUCGCCGGCGCCCUCGCCGGAGUUCUCACUUGCGGCUCUGCCAUUCUCAACCGAAACCUCCAUCUGGAUACCAUCGCCUUGGCAAAGAGGACAGCAUUCAUUAAUUCCAAGCUGAAAGGGGAGUAACUGCCUAACACCAUUUAGCUGAGAGAGCGCUUCAUGCAGCAAUUAAUCAGUGCUGUGUGGUGACACUUUUGCUCAUCAGUAACAUUAAAAUACUGUAGAGAGUUUAAUCUUCCAUAACACUUGGAGAACUCAUAUUAAUUUACAUUUCUCUUCUGUGGUUUGGUUAAGUGGUCUGUAAUACCAGAUUUAACAUGUCUGAAUAAUGUGGUCCUUAUAAAAGCCUACUUGUACUUAUUCAGGCUUUAACAUGACUCAUGUAAAUGCUUUGUGAGUCAUUCACAAAGACAGAAUUAAUAUCCACCGUGUUGUGUGGUAUUUUGUGCUAAUUUUCUUUUGCACAUAAUGUGCCUAAUUAUGACAUAUGUUUGAUUUACUUUUUUUUAACAGUUCUUUCAUUAAACAUUAAACAAGGGGUGCAAAUAA